AUGGAUGAUUCCAGCUGUCCUCCUAACUGGAUUCUGACAGUGGGGACACCACAUGUGUUCACCUGUUUCGCUUGGGGAAACCCAGAACCAAUUGUUGAAUGCACUAAAGAUGGAAUGGCUUAUAGUCCUGGGAUUCUCCAGAACAUCACCAGAGAAUAUGCUGGAAGUUAUCUUUGUACAGCUACAAACAUCCAUGGCUCCAUCUCUAGAGCUGUGAGCAUCCAGGUGGAAUAUAAGCCAGAAAUGGAUGAAUCCAAUUGUCCAAGCAACUGGACAUUGGUGGAAGAGGCACUGCCAACUUUUCUCUGUAAAGCUGAUGGGUUUCCACCUCCUGAAAUUAUAUGCACCAAAGAUAAUAGAUCGUAUUUUCUCAGCCAAGGGCAAAGAAUCCUAGCUAACAAUGGAACCUUCUGGUGUAAUGCAACAAACCGACAUGGCAGUGUAUCCAAGGCAGUCAAGAUUACAGUUGAAAGUGAGUGUUGAUUAUAAAUACAACUGGUUUAUCCAUCUCUUACUUUCACCUGACAGGAAGACUUAUUUUUACUUUAUUUUUGUUCACACCAGGAAGCCCUGCAGUAUCGCUAAAGGUUAGGAGUCAUUUAUCUAA